AGGAGCUGCCAGCGCGGCGAGCCUCUCCAUGCCACUGCGGCGGGCUAAUGAAACCUCGAGGGCGCCGCGACUCCGCUUCGAACUGCCCGCGAAUGAGCCUCGGCGCGCAGGCAAAGAAUCGUCCGUAAGAUGCGGUACCUGAAACGAAAAUGCCGUCGCCUCGACCCGAAGAAGAUCCGUGAACCCGAAAGAGGACCGUGAUCAAGGAGGAAGAUCGGCGAACGCGAAACGGUGAACACUGAUCGCGUCCGAGCAUCGACCGGCUGGCGAACCGACCAUCGGAGCUCGUUGGUUGCCCAUCCCGCGCGAAGAGAUGUGAAACGUCCGUUUUCUACAGCCUUUUGUUUUCCGUUGUACCGUUUUGUUGGAACGAAAUCGAGAAACGGUUCCGUUGGCUCGCGAUACCGUCUCGGUCGAUCGAUCGUCGCGCAACGUUUCGAAUCCUGGAUUAUGAUCGACGAGCUCGCGGCGGGACCAAAACAGCCGGAGGAUCCUUCGAGUCCCGAUUCGGCGAGGAGCACCGUCAGUCGUCGCGGGGCGAUCGACGAGCAACGAGGACGAGUCGAUCGUUCUCCGUGUUUCGCGUCGAAUGGUGACACUCGAUGGUGUCACCGUCGGGGAGUCGUUCGGAACAUAUCGAGACGUCAGCGAUCGAGAGGAAGAGAUCCACAACGUUUCCGUGAUCCAUCGACGAUCCUCGCGGUUCUAUCCCAGUAAUUCGUGGCCUUGCAACUCGGGAGCAUGUGACGGAGCGGUUUUUUCUUAUCGUCCCAGUGCCCCGUCUGACGUCUUCGUUCCAGGAGCGUCUCCGUGGCUCGUCCUAACCCCGUUACGAUCGGCCCCUCGGGCAUACUAACGGAAGAGGAGAUUUGAUUAGUGGAAAAGUGCGAGGAAGAAGGGCGGAAGAAGAGCGGAAGAAGAGCGGGAUUCCGGGCGGCGACAGGAUCGUCCCCGUGUUUAACCGAUCCAACGAACGCGGGAACACCGGGGGAAGACGGAGAGGUGUCUUGGAAGAAUACGGAAGAUUCCUAGAAGCGGCGUGCUGCGACACGGCCGCCGCUUUCCCUCCUAAUUACGAUAUAUUAUCGAGUACGCUGGUUGGCGGGUCCAAAAAACGUAGAGUAUUUUUAAUAGGCGCGGCACACGCACGCCGUGUGUCCUGGUGGCUGGUAAUUAAGUCUAGGGUUAAUCGACGUUCUAACGUUUAAAGAGGAAAAGGAAGGAAGAUCAACGUGGUCCAACUAAUAGGAAGCGAUUUAGCGCUGUGGUCCAAACUAAUAGGAAACGACAUAGCGUCGCGGUCCAACUAAUAGCUACUUAGGUUAUCCGUGAUUGUCGUGGGAACUGUACGCGUAUCUUUGUGCAGCCUGUGGCCGUCGCGUGUUGUUGUUUACGAUUCGAUCGCCGAAGUUUACCGCGGAUGAGAGUUUCCUUCGUCGCGGCAGGUACGUUUCGUCGGUCUAAGUGUUCGCGUGUCGUGCGUCUGUGUGUACCUAGUCGCGAUACUGUCGCGUGUAUCGCGCGAAAUCACCCCUGCGUAUGCCGUACAUUUCGACGGUUCCAUCGAAGGGGCCGAGACUGGCACUGUGUCGGGUCGUUUAGGCGAUCGAGAGGAUACGCGUUAAUCGAGUAAACGUAUCGUCUCGCGGGACCAGUGUACGCGAACUUUCCUAAACAACCAAAACGACCACGGGACGGUCCGUUGGUCGACGUGUGUUCGCAUCUAUGAAGGUGAACUCUGUGAAAUUCAAGAUGUGUCAUCGAGCAAGGCACUAGCUAUGACGACUUCGAGCAGAUACAGCAGCUACAACUGUCUUACCAGCUGGGACAGCUAUGACAGAAUACCAAGAGUUCGUGUCGAAUACUACGUGAACGAGAACACGUUCAAGGAACGACUUCAGCUGUACUUCAUCAAGAACCAACGUUCGAGUCUGAGGAUACGAUUGGCAAAUCUGUUUUUUAAGCUGUUAACAUGCUUCUUAUACAUAUUCAGAGUCAUCACCGACAACGACCCAACUUACGCGACUUGUUAUGGUUGCACGCCCGGCAACAAGACCGAGUUCCUCGCGUCCCAGAACCUCACGGAGGAAGAAUUUCAGGAGCAUCCGACCAUCAACUGGGACGCGAUUUUAUGGGUGAGAAGACCGUUGGAAUUGUGGGUCGUCCAGGUGAUCCUUGCAAUAGUAUCGCUUACGGAAGCCCUGCUACUCGCCUAUUUAGGUUACAAGGGAAACGUCUGGCAGCAGCUUCUCUCUUUCCACUUCAUCCUGGAACUAGUCAACACGAUACCAUUCACGAUUACGUUGCUUUAUCCACCAAUGCGAAACCUAUUCAUUCCGGUGUUCCUAAACUGCUGGUUGGCAAAGCAUUCCUUGGAAAAUAUGUUCAAUGAUUUACACAGAGCUAUGCAGAAAUCCCAGUCAGCUUUGAGUCAGCAACUGAUGAUCCUUAGUGCAACAUUACUGUGCCUUGUCUUCACUAGCGUAUGUGGGAUCCAACACUUCCAGAGAGCGGGGCACAGGCAUUUGAAUCUGUUUCAAAGUACGUACUACGUGGUGGUCACGUUUUCCACGGUCGGUUACGGGGACUUUGUACCUGACAUUUGGCCCUCGCAGCUCUACAUGGUCAUCAUGAUCUGCGUUGCUCUCAUCGUGCUACCCACGCAGUUCGAGCAGCUGGCUUUCACGUGGAUGGAAAGACAAAAGCUGGGCGGCUCGUAUUCAUCGCACAGAGCGCAAAGCGAGAAACACGUGGUGGUGUGCAGUACAACGCUGCAAGCUGACACCAUCAUGGAUUUUCUAAACGAGUUUUACGCCCAUCCGUUGUUACAGGACUAUUACGUGGUACUGUUGUCGCCAAUGGAACUGGAUACCACGAUGCGAAUGAUUUUACAGGUGCCCAUCUGGGCACAAAGGGUAAUCUACAUUCAAGGGUCGUGUCUGAAGGAUAACGAUCUCACCAGGGCCAGGAUGAACGAGGCGGAAGCCUGCUUUGUUCUUGCAGCGAGGAAUUACGCCGACAAAACCGCUGCCGACGAACACACGAUACUUAGAUCGUGGGCAGUGAAGGACUUCGCACCAAGCGUCCCUCAGUACGUUCAAAUCUUCCGUCCGGAAAACAAGCUUCACGUGAAGUUCGCGGAGCACGUGGUGUGCGAGGACGAGUUCAAGUACGCCCUUUUGGCGAACAAUUGCACGUGUCCUGGUGCAUCGACCUUAGUCACACUUUUGCUGCACACUUCCAGAGGACAGGAAGGUCAGCAAUCGCAGGAGGAAUGGCAGAGGCUCUACGGUAAAUGUUCUGGAAACGAGAUUUACCACAUUAUUCUCGGCGAUUCUCGGUUUUUCGGCGAAUACGAAGGCAAAUCCUUCACUUACGCGUCCUUCCACAGUCACCGUAAAUAUGGGGUGGCGCUGGUCGCUGUCAGACCGGCGGAACUUCCGGAAUUUUACGAGGACACCAUUCUCUUAAAUCCGGGUCCGCGUCACAUAAUGAAGAAAACCGACACCUGCUACUAUAUGAGCAUCACGAAGGAGGAGAACUCCGCGUUCGUUGUGGCGAACAAUCAAACCGUGGCGGAGGGUAUGCAGGUAAUUACCGAGACGAAAACCGACAACACCGGUACGGCGGGGAACACAACGGCGAACAACAAUUCCACGAUAAAUUCUGGAACCAGCGCUGGAGUGACAACGACCACCACCACGAUAUCGACCAGCUGUACGAUCGCCGGCGGUGAUGGGAACGGUACAGCAAAUAAGCCCGGUGCCAACGAGCACCGUCGCUAUUCCAACAGUUGUAACAAUGCGCUGAACGAUACAGCUUGCUGCAGACAGGAGACGACCUGUACGGGGCCCCGUGGACAGAACGUGCACGGUACACAGGCUCACAGGGCCCCACAGGUUAUUUUGCAGGUCCUCCCUAGCACGCCCACACCACUCGAACACCACAACAUAUUCGCAUCCGAUGUCCACCCAACGUACCUUGAUCCCGGCGGAUUCGGAGAUUCACGGCAAUGCCUGAAAGAUGGAGGAUCCACGCCACAGACGCCAAUCACAGGGAAUCAUUUAGACGUUCCACGAUCCAUGGAUCCAAAUCCUAAUCUACUCAGUCCGGAGAUUCUUACUCAAAGAAGAGGGAGCAGAAGACCAAGCAUCCUGCCUGUGCCAGACAUGCUGACAAGCUCGACCUUGCAUCUUCCUGGUCAAGAGUCGUUGGACCACGAAGGUGACGAGUCCGAGGAUGAAAUGGACGACGACGUCCCAUGGAGAUCGCCUAGCGAAAAGAUCGCGAUCGUCAAGGGAUUUCCACCCGUUUCGCCCUUCAUUGGCGUCUCGCCAACGUUAUGUUAUCUACUAAAAGAAAAGAAACCUCUUUGUUGCCUUCAAUUGGCACAGGUUUGUCAGCACUGUUCUUACAGAAACGCGAAAGAGUACAAUUGGCAAAACAAGACUAUAAUUCUAGCUGCUGAUUACGCAAGCAACGGGAUCUACAACUUCAUAAUUCCCUUAAGGGCGCAUUUCAGGUCGAAAACCUCGCUGAAUCCGAUCAUUCUUCUGCUGGAACGAAAACCGGAAAUUGCGUUCCUUGACGCGGUGUCUUACUUUCCUCUGGUGUACUGGAUGCGGGGAUCCAUCGACUGUUUGGACGAUCUCCUUCGCGCUGGUAUCACCCUUGCGGAAAAUGUCGUCGUCGUAAACAAGGAACUCAGCAAUUCCGCGGAGGAAGAUACCUUGGCUGACUGUAACACUAUCGUCGCGGUGCAAACCAUGUUCAAAUUUUUUCCAAGUAUAAAGAGCAUAACGGAACUGUCGCAGUCGAGCAACAUGCGUUUCAUGCAGUUUAGGGCCCACGACAAGUAUGCCCUUCACCUCAGCAAAAUGGAAAAGAGAGAAAAGGAAAGAGGCUCCCAUAUAUCGUACAUGUUCCGAUUGCCUUUCGCUGCUGGCAGUGUCUUCAGCGCCUCCAUGCUGGACACUCUCCUGUACCAAGCAUUUGUGAAGGACUACAUGAUAACAUUCGUGAGGUUGCUGCUGGGUGUCGACCAAGCUCCAGGAUCUGGCUUUCUAACAUCGAUGAAAAUAACGAAGGACGACAUGUGGAUCAGAACCUACGGCAGGCUGUAUCAGAAACUCUGCUCGACGACGUGCGAGAUCCCGAUUGGCAUUUACAGGACGCAGGACACCACCGUAUCGGACACGUCUCACGGCGACUCAGACGCGGAGAGCGACGCCGGCGUCGGCGUGACGUACAAGGUGCGUCAUUCGGCGGCAGCAUCGUGCCUUGCGAAUUGCGCCACCCGCGACAAGGGUGCUUCAGCCUAUUCCGUGAGCCUCGGCGACGAAGCCCGCGACAAUCACGCCCAGCAAAUCGAGAGGGCCGAGAUCGCGAACCUGGUCCGUUCCCGGAUGGAGUCGCUGAACCUGCCAGUGGCCGACUACGACGACGUCUCGGAGAAACGGAACAGUCUGUCCUACGUGAUCAUCAACCCCAGCUGCGACCUGAAGCUCGAGGAGGGCGACAUCGUCUACUUGGUGCGGCCCAGCCCGUUCUCCGCUCAGAAAACGUUCGAGAGGCACAACUCGCGACGGAAGAGCAACAUCAGCUUCUGCUCAGCCCAGCUGGUGUCGCAGAUGAGCGCGGCGGUGGCUUCGGCAGGCCUGCCCGGUGCUGGAGCAGGAAGCCGUCGAGGAUCGGGGAUAGGUUUGCCCAGGGCUCCUCCACUGGGCACCACCAAGUCGAACUCGCUCUCCUUACCCGAUAGCCCUACAGUGGCUGGCACGUUGCGCGGCCGGUCGAACUCCCUCAGAGUGGUCGACGACAUUCUGCUCAGACGCAGCAACUCGCUGAGACAAGGGCUCACGAUGAGCAGGAGGAAAAGCAGCCUGGAGGACAUAGGUCUGGGCGCGUUGUCGCAUCCCUCUAACCACAACCCGAUCAAGAUCGCGCUGAACGGAUCCAUCGGUCUGGAAGUGACUCCGCCCGAGGAGUGCUCGCAGGCUAUGGGCGCAAGCAACACGGGCAUCCUGGACGUCGGACUGCCGUCCAUGCCAGAGCUGACCGCUGCCCUCAGCUCGAACCUUGGCACCGGUCUGGGCGGCUCCCUCGGCGGUCUCUACGACCCACCGAGCCUACAGUAUCCCAUGGGAUCGCCGUCGCAGUCGCCGCAGAUCCCUAGCGGCACGCAGGAUCCUCAGCACAUACAAGGGACGAUCGUAUGAUAUAACCUUAUGUGGGGACGCAGGCUCUCCGGCGUGGUUCGAAACAAAUGGCUGUAAGCGUUCCCACAUUAUACGUCAAGAUCACUCUAAUGGGUGUCGCGAUCGCGUUGUCCGCGGCAUCCCGACUAACGACGAAUCAGGACUCGCUCGUGCUGUCUACUGUUCGUGUCAGGAGAGUUGGUAGUCUGGUACGGAUAGCAGGAAGUGGUAUUCGGUAGUUGAAGAGUGAUUGGUCAGGUGUAGAUUAUACAAACGUGAGAGGUUUGUUACGGAAAUGGUACGAAGUUAAUUUUGUUGAAAUUGUUACAAUUUCAAAACAUUCAAGUAUGAGCUUUUCGCUAUCCAAUCGCUCUCAAAUUUUGUGGAAAUUAAUUCUGAAGCUAAUCUCCAGCAGUGUUCAAGACGUUUUCUCUGGGGUUAGCUUUUACUGGUGGAGUUUAAUACAACACCACUAAGAGUGCAAACCUUAACAGGUUGACUGCCAGACUAAUACUCUUGAACAUUUCUACGGUGAUCAAGUUUUGUUUUCAGACUAUUGGAAGCUACACAAUCAAACAUUUAUAGUGGUAUUUAUUUUUAUAACUUCGUUGAAGUUUAAGAAUUUCAUUCAAAUUUAUUUUCUUUAGCACUUAACAUUCAGGAUUAAUUUUGUUCGUUCUGCAGUGAAAAGCACUGUCACCCAUACAGUCAGUCCCAUAAAUAUCCGUAACCUCUAUGUCUAUUAAAGAAAUCUGUUUAAAUUCAAUUUGUUUAAAUUAAAUGGUAGGUUUGAUGUUUGAUGAUUUAUAUAUCAAGCAAUAUCAAAACUAUUAUAUAAUUUAGUCAAACUUCUUCAAUAGACACAGAGGGUACGAAUAUUUAUGGGAUCGACUGUAUAUGGGUGACAAGGGUUUACACUGAGGAAUAAAUAAAUUAACUCUGAAAGUGAGGUGUUGACAAAAAUUAAUUUGUAUAUGACUAGUAAGUUCCAAAGAGAUCGCAAAAGCAAAUACUACCACAGGUGUAAUAUUAUGUCAUUCUUCAAUUGUAUAGAAACAAAACUUCAGCUCCAUGCGAAUUUUCACGAUUGAGAGUACUGACAUAUAUUCACGCCAGAAUAGGGCGAUGCUAACCGAACUUUUAGACAAGGAAAAGUCGAUAGCACGAGUGAGCCUUUAGGUGGGACUGAACGGUGGCAACUAUCAUGGAUAGUGAGACGGCCGGAGAGCAAGGUGUUUCAGUGACACUUGGAAGACACGGUGACCGGGACCGAUUAGCACCGGUGAGCACCUAGACGAAUUUUUUUACUCUGUUCCUUGCAUAGUUUCAAUUAGCCACGCAAUGACGGUAUUCAUUUAUGCGAACUCGGGGACCUAAACGCGGCGUCGUAGAGUCGCGACUGUGAUACGCCAGAACGCUGGAUUUAUUUGCGCGCGUCGGCAGGGCUGAGCUUUGCUAUUCGCUUUGAGUGAUUAGGUAACUCUGACAAAUAAUUAAUCGGAUGAAGGGGUUGUAAGAAUGAAAAGGGUGACUUGAUCUCUCCGAUAGUCCGUUAUGUUCCUCUUCUUAAUUAGUUAUUCUUUCUCGAUUCAUUUAGCGACGUACCUUUUUUAAUUAAUGUUAGAGUUAAUGUCUGUACCUCAGAGGGAAGCUAUAUUAAAUUUUGAAAAUUGAAUCUUUGAACUAACAGUGAAGGAUAUAACAUUACUCGAGUGUCUUAUGUAAAUUUUCAAAAUGAACUGACAUAGUUUACUUCAAACGAAUACAGCUACAAUCUCUUGACAUUUUGAACAUCUCCGAGUGACAAUUGAAUAUCGAAAACAAAACUUGAACGAAUUUUCAAACCAACCCAAUAGCAAAUCAAUUAUUUUACUAUCUCUCACAAGUCGCGUGUCACAAGCGAAUGGAACAAAGACUGAAUAAUUCUUUGAUCGGAGGUUUCGGUUCUAGCAACGCCCAGCCUUGUCGACGUGCAGUCGUUUCAUCGAAGCUACGAUACUACUUUAGCGAUAAUUCUCUCUACGUAGAUAGUACAAACACACUUUCCGAGCAACCUGAUUUCGAUUUGUUGCCGGAUAUCGAACAGAUCGCGCGCUGUUGCGAGUUUUAUUUAAAAGUAUCCCAUUGAUAACAUUGCGGUGUGUGCGUAGUGGGCGUACGUUCUUAAAACGUUUUGCUCUCUAGUCGGCUCUUGCGUCUCGACCUCCGUACAUCCGAUCGAAUUAUUCGUAGCGAUCCAG